GCCGUGAAAUGUUUGGUUCCAGCUGGACUUUGGCAGCAUCUUGGCUUCUGUUUGGCUGCCGCUAGAGCAGAGUGUCGGUACAGGGCUGAGUUACGCAAGCCAUUGCGAUAAAGACGAAACGCAGAUCCCAAGAAACGACGAAUGAUCGUGGAGGUGACGGUCGAGAGACAUGGCUGCCUUGGCCUUCCUGUCCGCGGCGACAUCCGUGGUGUCUUUGCGGAAUUCGGUCAGAGGAGAUGACGCGGUGGAUAAAUAGCUGGGUUGGUGUGUCGUUGAAAGGCUCCAUCUUCUACAUCCUGUGUUCAAAGAUUUGACUUCACCCUUCAGAUCUGAUCAGAAACAAUAACGAACCUAGCACCUACCAUACCUAUCUCACGUUCCACAACACCAAAAAUGUCAACCUCCAACGAACCCCAAAUCGUCCCCGGCCAAUGGAUCGUCACCCUUCGCCCCUACGCCACCUCGGCCAUCAAAUCCUCCCACGUCUCCCUCCUCCACAAUCUCACUGACGACAGCUCCUCCCCCGUCAACGUCUCCAUCAACUCCGAGUUCGACCUUCCCGAAAUCAGGGGGUACACCGCCGCCUUCGACGAAGCUACCAAAGCCGAGCUCGAAGCCCUCCCCGAAAUAGCCGACAUCGAACCCGUCCAAAUCUUCAAGCACUGCGCCGCCGUCACCCAAUCCAACGCCCCCUGGGGCCUCGCCCGCAUCUCCACCCGCUCUAAGCUUCCCCCCGCCGGUCCCUACACCUACAAGUACACCAACACCGGCGAAGGCGCCAUCGCCUACGUCAUCGACACCGGCAUCAACGACGCCCACGUCGACUUUGAGGGGCGCGCUUCAAAGGGCCCAAAGUUUGUCACUGUUGCUGCUGGGGUGGAGGUUAGCGAUGAGGAUUUGAACGGGCAUGGCACGCACGUUGCGGGGACGAUUGCGGGGAAGACGUAUGGGGUUGCUAAGAAGGCGCAGGUGAUUGGGAUCAAGGUGUUUGAUGACUCGCCUGAGCCGGGGGCGCAGACGGGUGAUAUUAUUAGUGCGUUGGAUUAUGUGGUCAAAGAGUUCAAGGAGCAUGGGAAGCCGAGUGUGGUGAACUUGAGUCUGGGUGGCGGUGCGUCCCCUGCGAUGGACAAGGCGGUUGCGAGCGCGGUCAGGAGCGGUGUCACUGUGGUUGUGGCGGCUGGUAACGAGGCAAGACAGGCCACCACCAGCUCUCCGGCUAGAGAGCCUCUCGCUAUCACUGUUGGUGCGAGCGAUGUUGGUGACAAGGCCGCCAACUUCUCCAACUACGGCAAGAUGGUCGACAUCUUUGCCCCCGGAGUCCAAAUCCUAUCCACCUGGAUCGGGGGCACCGAAGCUACCAACACUAUCAGCGGCACCUCAAUGGCAUCCCCUCAUGUGGCUGGCGCAGUUGCCCAGAUCAUCGGCGCCGAGCCCACGGAACCUCUUCUUGUGGUUCCCAAGCUCCUCCAGUGGGCCGAGAAGAAUGACCUCAGCGGUCUCAAGGAGCGGACCAUCAAUGCCCUUUUGCAGAUUUCUGACGCUUGAAAGUUUGUAAAAGAAACUGAAGUGGCAGAGUGGCUGGUGGAGAUGGACGUCAGUGUUGGGUGCGGGGGAGAAGCGGAGAGAGUCGUAGCCGAGGCCUUGGCUGAGCUAUGUCAAGAUGUUUUUGUGGCAAAGAUCAGGAGAAAGAUUGCUCCGUAUGAUGAAGAUCUUAAGAUAACCUGGAAUCAAGUCUGGUGCUUAUUUUUAUGUAGAGCAGUUUUGAAUCUGAUGAUUGCUCUCACACGAAA